GGAAUACGAGCACGCGCAGUGACGCGGACGCGCGCCUCGAUUCCAGCACCUCCAGAGCACCGGAUUGGGCGCGAGGGCGCGCAGGAGCACGGGAGCGCGCGCGUUCCAGGGUAGCGGUGGAGGAGUAGCGCUUCGUGCUGGUGCAGUUCAGUUGCAAGUGCUUUUUCUCUCGAUCGCUGUCUCCAAACACACCGCGGGGGGAAAUUACAGGGUUUUUUAAGUUUUUUUGGGGGAUUUUCGGACACGGCAGCACCGAGUGCGUGGACGUAAGAGACGCGAGGAUAGAUAACCCUUAAAAGAUGUGGAUCCUUUCAGUCUGCGCAUUCUGAAUCCCAGCACACACACACACACACGCGCACACGCACACAUUUACUGUGAGUCAUGUCUGAGAUGGAGGGUCGCAGUGAUUCCGGCCUAGCCUCAGGGCAGGUCUAUGUGGAAGUGGAGUAUGAUUAUGAGUACAAGGCCAAAGACAGACUCAUUUCCAUACAUCAGGGCGAGUGCUACAUGCUGGUGAGGAAAACCAACUCUGACUGGUGGCAGGUGAGAAGGGAAGACGGCACCAAGGCUUUCUACGUGCCCGCGCAGUAUGUGCGCGAGGUGCGUCGGGCGCUCAUGCCGCCCCCCAAACCACGCACCAAGCCCCCCAUCACUCUGCCCGUAACUCAAUGCUCCUCAGCCAGUGAAAACCCGCAACAGCGGGUACCAUCUGAAAUGGUCAGCUUUGGACGGCCACCUCCUUCCAGCACGCCUUCCCCGUUACCAGAGCAACAUACUCCACCCUUUUUGCUGCGGGACUCCAAUCAGAACGCCGGAAUGAAAGACGUGCUCGCAGAGCUCGCUCUGCUCAACAACAACAACCACCAUAACCAUCACCAUGGUAACACAGUGCUGCUGCCACGUACCAGGCCCGAGUCGCCAUCCAGAGAGCCGCCAGGUUGCCGGGGGAAACCCCAAGGAGUGUCACACUCAGAUACAGAGGGAUCAUCGCCAGGAAACAGCUCGGAGGUGUUGCGUAACGAUUCGGAAUCGGGAGACGAGCUGAGCAGCAGCUCCACAGAGCACACCCAGACAGUGUCUCCUAUCGGCCAUGGUCGUCCCGAGUCCCCUGUUUACACCAACCUGCGGGAGCUAAAGGUCUCGCAGUCAUCCAUACCUCCUAUACCUUCGUCCUCUCCUCUGCAUGUCCUGGGGGACUGGGAGACCCAUAAGGACGUGAGCGGAAGACAUUUCUACUACAACAAGACCACACAGGAGAGGACGUGGAAACCACCACGCUCUCGGGACACCACCGGGGGCAGCCGAGGAGACCCCGCCAACACCGCUGACAUGGAGCCACUGUCGUCUGAAGAGAUCUGCCUGAGCACACACUCCAGUCAGUCAGACAGUCAAUAUGGCUCGCCCCCUAGAGGCUGGUCUGAAGAACUGGAUGAACAUGGCCAUACUCUUUAUGUGUGUGAAUACAAUAAUGAAAAGUGGAUAAAGCAUGUGGAUGAGCAGGGGAGGCCAUACUAUUACAGUGCUGAUGGAUCUCGCUCAGAAUGGGAACUUCCUAAAUACAGUCUCCCUUCUCCAAACGCCACUGAAGUUCCUAAAAGUCGCAGCUUGGAAAGGAAGCAGCCAGACCCAAUAGUCCUGACCAAAUGGCGAUAUAGCACCUUUGUAGAUCUCAAUGAGAAGUGGAAUAGGCGCUUCACCUUGGGACAUGUCUCCAGAGGUUUUGGGAUAAUGUUGAACAGAUACCAAGAGUCUGGGACCAACAAACAUAAUUCUCCUGACUCUGACUCCUGUCCUUCUUCACCUAAACACUCCACUACACUGUCAGAAAAGUGUGGAGUCCUCAAUGUCACCAAGAUCACUGAGAAUGGAAAGAAAGUCAGGAAGAACUGGACCUCAUCCUGGACGGUACUGCAGGGUUCCACACUGCUGUUUGCAAAGGGCCAGAACAGCGCCACCAGCUGGUCGUACUACCGCAAUGGCUCAUUCCCUGAGCUCCUCCUCUCGUUGCUAAGCAACUGGAAGCGUUCAGUUAAGCUCCGCCCUGCGGUCUCCUAUAAGCACUUUGGGCCUUAUUCUUUUGGAGGAAACCAGUCCAAGCCGGAAUUUGCUGUGGACCUUCGUGGAGGUUCAGUGGAGUGGGCUUCUAAAGAGAAAUCCAGCAAGAAGCAUGUUAUUGAGCUAAAGACACGUCAGGGCACAGAACUGCUGAUCCAGUCAGAGAUCGACAGCGUCAUCACCGACUGGUACAGGGCUCUCACAGAGGUCAUCAAUACACACUCCUGGGAGUCAGAUGAGGCAAUUGAAGAGGACAUGCCAGAGUCUCCCGGAACAGAGAAACACGACAGAGAAAAAGAUUUCAAAAAAAGCAAAGCAAUGAAGAGUGCCACUUUGGAAUCAGCUGACCAGAAGAAGACCAGAGUCAAGCUUAAGAAAUUCCUCACACGACGACCAACCUUACAGGCCGUCAGAGACAAAGGAUACAUUAAAGAUCAGGUGUUUGGCUGCAGUAUGACCAGUCUCUGUUCUCGGGAAAACACUGCAGUACCCAACUUUGUCCAAAUGUGUAUUGAGCAUGUGGAAAACACAGGUUUAAAUGUUGAUGGAUUGUACAGAGUCAGUGGAAAUCUGGCUGUCAUUCAGAAACUGCGCUUUGCGGUCAAUCAUGAUGAGCACGUGGAUCUAGGAGACAGUAAAUGGGAGGAUAUCCAUGUUAUAACUGGUGCUCUGAAAAUGUUUUUCCGUGAGCUUCCAGAGCCCCUUUUCACCUAUUCAUCCUUCAAUGACUUUGUUAGUGCCAUCAAAAACUCUGACUACAAGCAGCGAGUUCAGGCCAUAAAAGAGUUAAUCAAGCAGCUGCCAAAGCCAAAUCAGGAAACAAUGCAAGUUCUAUUCAGACACCUGAAAAGAGUGAUAGAACACGGAGAGGCGAACAGGAUGACGACUCAGAGCGUGGCCAUUGUGUUUGGCCCAACCCUUCUGCGACCUGAGACCGAGACCGGCAACAUGGCCGUCCAUAUGGUCUACCAGAACCAGAUUGUAGAACUGAUCCUCCUUGAAUAUGACAACAUAUUUGGCAGGUAGAGCCCCUGUGGACUGCACACUCAUGCGCUGCUUCUUCAAAAAAAACCGCCAAACCAUGACCACUGCGGAAUCCAUCGUUAAAGUAAAGACUUGCUUCAUUUGCUGUGGACCAGGCUUCAUACUGAACAUAUAAAGAAAAGAAUAUCUGCAUUAUAACAUUGCUACAUGCUUGAACACAACACAGGAAUAUUAAGAGGUACUGUUUUUGGACUUUUGAAGCUGUGCAGCUGCUCUUCCUGAAAAGGAACUGCUACUCCUUAUUGAGAAUAAGCUGGAUGUACUUGUUCAUUUGUUUGGUACAGUGGAUCAUCCUCCAUUUUUGCUCGAACUGAACGGUCCUCUUAUAUCUGUACCAGUAUGGGUGACACUGUGGAAUCUGCUGUGGGCUGAGCUUUGCGAAAUAUGAGGGCAUUUAAAGUGUCUGUAUAUAGUGAGUACUGAAGUAAAUCUGAAACUGACUAUAGUUUCAUUUUUCUCAAAUCUGCACUUCUAAACAUUUGUUCUGAAAUGAUGUGUAAAUGGUGCAUUAUAACAAGCAGUAUUGUUUCGUGACCGCUAAUCUGUAGAGCGAAAGAGAGCCAUUAUUCUGUAUGAAUGAGUAAUGGCUUAAUAUCAGUAUUACACAUUUAUAUAAGUGGACCCUGAGAAGGAUUUCCAUGGCUUACUGGACUUGACUUCAUUCUGCUCUGCUUACUGAACUUCUACUAUCUGCCAUUUUGACUGCAAUCCCUCAAUAUCAUUCUUUAACAGAAACUGGAAUGGUCUGCUUCUUCUUUCACCGAUUGACUACUGGAUUACUGGCCUGUUCAUCUCCUUAUCUCAGCAUCUCAACCAAUAGGGUCACUAAAGGCUCUGUAAACUCUGAGAAACUCUCCACUGUAACACUCUGAUCAAAUAACUGGACUAUGGGAAAUAUUGGCACAUGAAAGUGGAACCAUAGUCGAAGAUUGUUCUUGGUUAAAGAAGGACUAAAAAAAAUACAGGUUGAGAUUUAAACUUUGGCUAGGUUUCUCUUUCUUCCUCACAUCCCUCUAGAUUUUAAUUUAUUCUUUAUUUUUCUAAUUCAUCCCCCUCACACGUCUCUCCCCCUACAUUUCCCACUUCUGCAUUACCGGAAUUUGAAAGUGGAGAUGUUCGCGUUCAGUCCCGAUGCUUCUGUUUCAGAUCAAUAGAUCUCCCUACCUACUUUUCUCUCUCUACAUCUCUACGUCAAUAUGAACAGCAAAAUGGCAGGGAUGAGCAGGAAAUAGUGUUUAUGGUGUGGUCAUGCUGCACAUGCUUUGUUCAGGUACACAUAACGAAAAGCCUUUUUAUACAGGAGUUCCAAAAUAUAUGUACAUAUUAUAGUUAAAGAUUUCGAAAUCUUUUGAAGCUCAGAAAAUGUCCCUAAUAUUGUAAAAUAAAUAAUAGAGUAAUAAAUAUGAGAUAUUAAUUGGUUCAGAAGAAGGGUUGUAUUGCAAUGCAUUGUGAACAGCACAUUUGAAUGUAAUUGUGAGACUAACUACUGUUUCUGACAUUGACAUGUCUAAUCCUAAUUAAAAAAGAAUUCACAUGCAAACUA